GAACUAAAAAAGACCUGAGAAAGUAAAUGUUUCACCAUUUCCAUCCGUAUUCAUGUGGUGGACAACCCGUCUCAAAACAAAACCAAAAAAAAAAAAAAAGAAAAAAAAAAGGGACAAACCAAUAUCGUCCUCAGAUGCAUGGCAUGCUUACCAUGGAAACAUUUGGUUCUGAUUAGAAGAGAUAAGACAGCAAAACCAUGAAUUGUACAAUCUUCCACCCUCUCAAGGCUCUGCCUUUACUCUCUGCUCCGAAAUGCCGAACCACUUUCUCCAUCACUUGUGCGCACAAACACAAACUGCUUAGCGCUUCUAAAUCCAACCAACAACCAUCACCGAUUAGUAAUGGAAGCAAGAUUUCAUUGAAGCCUAGUGAUGGGAUUAAAUCCAGUUGGGUGUUUCAGUUGGGACUUUUGGCCACCACAACUGUUGCUGCAGAACCAGCAUUUGCAGUUACAGGAGUAAAUUAUCAUGAAGAUUUGGUUUGGGUUUUGAUUAAGGCUGGAGUUGUGGCUUUUUGGUACUUUCUUAUUAUGCCACCGAUAAUCAUGAACUGGCUAAGAAUAAGAUGGUACAGAAGAAAUCUACUUGAAAUGUACUUCCAAUUUAUGUUCGUCUUCUUGUUCUUCCCUGGGAUUUUGGUAUGGGCACCAUUUCUUAACUUUAGGAAAUUCCCAAGAGACACAACAUUGAAGUAUCCAUGGUCUAAACCCGAAAACCCGUCAGAGGUUAAGGGUGGGUUUCUCAAAUAUCCAUGGGCUACCAUUGAAGAUUACGAAUGAAGAAUUGUCUCUGAUUGUCAUUAUCAAUUGUAUAGUAUAUGUAUUGAAAAAUUCAUAUUUGUAACUUCUCACUCUUUUAAAGGAUCACAAUGUGAUUAUACAUAUAAUAUAUCCGAUUUACAGAAGAGA